CCCUUCCGUCCCCUCCCCUCGGCCUUCUGUGUGGCACUUUAGGAUUCCUAACCAAACUGCUCUAGACAAAAAACUAAUCCAAAUUGACCAAAUUUCUUAAGCGUGGCUCGACAGGAGCAGGGGAUCAAAAGGAGAAUGAGCAGCUCAGAGGAAGUGUCCUGGAUCUCAUGGUUUGUAGGACUCCGUGGGAAUGAAUUCUUUUGUGAGGUGGAUGAAGAUUAUAUCAAUGAUAAAUUCAAUCUGACUGGUCUCAAUGAGCAAGUUCCUCAUUAUCGUCAAGCUCUUGAUAUGAUACUUGACCUUGAACCUGACGAUGAACUUGAUGAUAAUCCCAAUCAGUCAGAUCUCAUAGAACAAGCAGCUGAAAUGCUGUAUGGGUUAAUCCAUGCAAGAUACAUUUUGACAAAUCGUGGAAUUGCCCAAAUGAUUGAAAAAUAUCAAGCAGGUGACUUUGGUCACUGUCCACGAGUUUAUUGUGAACUUCAGCCUAGCCUUCCCAUAGGCCUUUCCGAUGUUCCUGGUGAAGCAAUGGUGAAGUCAUACUGCCCAAAAUGUAUGGAUGUGUACACUCCUAAAUCAUCUCGACAUCACCACACUGAUGGAGCUUAUUUUGGCACUGGAUUCCCUCAUAUGCUGUUCAUGGUUCAUCCAGAAUAUAGGCCUAAGCGUCCCGUUAAUUGCUUCGUCCCCAGGCUGUAUGGUUUCAAGAUUCACCAAUCUGCCUAUGACAUUCAGUACGCUGCUGCUGCAAAUUUCAAAGCCCCAAUGCGAGCUAUCAACUAUAAUAAUGGUAAGCGCUAAACUUAUUUAUUUUUUGUGGGAAUCUUUGUCAAACAUUUGUGUUUAUAAACGUAUCAAUGACUGUCUCAGUAUGAUUGACGUGGGAAAAUCCACUUCAGAACUGAUUUACAGGCUUGUUUGCCUUAGUUUUUAGCCUGUGACAAGCCUACUUUUAAAGAUGUUACCUGAAAUGCGUGAUGUGUAUACCUCAAUUAAGUUUGUGUUUAAAUAUUCUGUUAUUUAUCGAACAAACAUAUGAAUUGAAAUUUGUUUUACUGCAUUUUUUAGAACACAUUGAAAGAGUAGUUUCUGUCCCUCUGUGACCUUAGUCUUUGCGUAUCCUUUAUUUAUCUCUCUAAAUCUUGUUAUGAUUUAUAAUUUUUUCUCUCAUGUAAUAAAUCUUAACAUGCUGUGAUUUGUCUCAUUGAAGUAUGUAUUCUGAAAUUAUUGUGUUUUUCAAAAAAUCGAAAUGUCAUGUAGUUGGAGGGGGGAUGUGUUAAUCAAUGUGUCUGUUUUUAUUUUUACAUUCAAAAUGAAUGUGGAAACAGUCUUUGGAGAUAAUUUUCUGCUAUCAUUUCACCUAGUUUUUAUGGUCUGUAUUUUGACAUUUACCAUGUUGGUAUGUAUAGUUGAUUGACUUGUGAUAUAAGAUUUUUUUCCCCUGUUAAUUAGGCUGUCAGACAUCAAUAGCUUUUUUUAGGAAAGAUGUGUGUAGUAUAAUUAAUUUAGCAUUAGUUACCUGCUAUUUAGAUGAGCUGCAUCCACCGCUACAAUGUGUACCAAAAGUGAGUGAGGUUCGUCUGCCACAUAGUUUACCUUUUAGGGAAACUCGCAUCUAUGACAGACUGUGACCUUUUAAAUGCAAGCCAGAGAUGAGCAUUUUAGCUAAUCUGACCGAUGAGCGACGGCCUGACCGCCAGCAGGUCGGAGGUGAGGAGGAAGCACCUUUCCUCCUCACCUCUCGCACGCAGCUGGUCAGGGCUCAGGUGGAGAGCGCGUGCCUCGGUCUUUGCGGUCGGUCAGAUUCGUUAAAAAGCCCAUCUUUGUAGCAAGCCUCGUUUUUCAUAUUGUGAAUUUUUUUAAAUCUAUGUGAUGAAUAUAAUUCAUACCCAAAUUGGUGGAGCAUAUGAUUAUGAUGUGUAAAAGAACUGAAUGUUGUGAACAUUUUCUUUAUACUACUGUAGGCCAUGAAUUUCUUCUGCAGUUCAAUAUGAAAAUACAUACCUAGAUUGUGACGUCUCAAAUUGCAUACAGCACACAGAUAAGAUUGAAGAGUAACAUUUUAUUGCCAGCUUUGGAACUGUAAAUUACACCAGCACUGAUGUUUUGGAAAUACAAUUGGAAUUGGAAAUUAAA